GUACAAUAAAAUAUAAGACGUGUAGGAACUUAGCAAAACAAGACCACAAGACAAAAGCUUGGGAGAAAGAUAUUAUCUGAAAAGAAAGAAGGUGAAACCAUGAAUGUAGAAGAAGAGGUUGAGAGACUCAGAGAAGAGAUCCAGAGAAUUGGCAAGAUCCAACCUGAUGGUUCCUACAAGGUAACAUUUGGAGUCCUAUUUAACGAUGACAGGUGUGCAAACAUAUUUGAGGCACUAGUAGGAACACUAAGAGCAGCAAAAAAGAGGAAGAUUUUAACAUAUGAUGGCGAGUUACUGCUACAGGGAGUGCAUGACAAUGUGGAAAUCAUUCUCAAGGCAGCACCUGAGCCAGCAUCCGCAACAGCAGCUGACUCAGUUGCGAAGAGUUAAAAAGGACUGCAGUUUUCGCCCAGCAGAACUUGUUUUCUCCUUAAUAUGGUCAACAUAGUAUAUUCUGCAUAACAGGAAACUUGUCCUUUUGUAUCUUGGUUUGCUUUAUUAAAGUUCUGCAUGUGUGGGGAAAGAAAGAAAAGACACAAGAUAUCUUGAUCAAUAGUAUCUUAAAUAUAUUUUUAUUUCCUCUUUUCUAA